AUGCUUAAAAGAGUUGAUCCUACCAACACAGUUCUAGUCACUUACUUGCAAACCAUUGAUACUUCUGUUAAAACUGGAGUUCUUUUGGCAAGAGAAGAAGAUACGAAGACUAAGUGUUCGAAGAAGGAUGCUGCUGAAUCUUCUGAGAAACAAGUGAAAGAAACUAAAUCUACAAAGAGUCAGAAGAAGUUACCGAUUACAGAAUCCAAGACAAGAAAACUUGAAGUUUUUGUUGUUGAUAGUCCAUCAACUCAAAAGGAAAUCAUUCCUUCGAAGACUGGUGUCUUUCGUAGAAUCAAGAUGAAGUCCAAACAUAAGAGUCGAUCACCCCUUACAAAUGUUCUCUGA